CCGCGAGCGUCCCGCCACCAACGCCGCGCCCGCCGCAGCGAUGGGCAACACGGUGCACAGGACGCUGCCAGACCCGAGCCCACCCACACGCCUCCUGGCCACCCGGCCCUGCUGCGGCCCCGGCCCUGAGCGACGCCCGGUGCUGGGUGAGGCGCCACGCUUCCACGCGCAGGCCAAGGGCAAGAACGUGCGGCUGGACGGCCACUCGCGCCGGGCCACGCGUCGCAACAGCUUCUGCAACGGCGUCACCUUCACGCAGCGGCCCAUCCGGCUGUACGAGCAGGUGCGGCUGCGCCUGGUGGCCGUGCGCCCGGGCUGGAGCGGUGCGUUGCGCUUUGGUUUCACCGCGCACGACCCGUCGCUCAUGAGUGCUCAGGAUAUCCCCAAGUACGCCUGCCCCGACCUGGUCACACGGCCUGGCUAUUGGGCCAAGGCGCUACCGGAGAACCUGGCGUUGCGUGACACGGUGCUGGCCUACUGGGCCGACCGCCACGGCCGUGGCUUCUACAGCGUCAACGACGGCCGGGCGGGGAGCGUCAACGACGGCGAGCCGGUGCUCUUCCACUGCGGCGUGGCCGUGGGCGGCCCGCUCUGGGCGCUCAUCGACGUCUACGGCAUCACUGAUGAGGUGCAGCUGCUCGGUACCCUUCAGUCCAGUCCUGCGACCACAACUCCGUCAGGAUCCCUUAGCGGCUCCCAGGAUGAUAGCGAUUCCGAUAUGACCUUCAGUGUCAACCAAUCCUCCUCGGCGUCGGAGUCCUCCCUGGUGACAGCCCCCAGCUCCCCACUGAGCCCUCCGCUGUCCCCAGCGUUCCCGGCACCAGAGCCGGCCGGCAGCAAGAACGGUGAGUGCACGGUGUGCUUCGAUGGCGAGGUGGACACAGUCAUCUACACGUGUGGACACAUGUGCCUGUGCCACAGCUGCGGCCUGCGGCUCAAGAGGCAGGCCCGGGCCUGCUGCCCCAUCUGCCGGAGGCCCAUCAAGGACGUCAUUAAGAUCUACAGGCCAUAGCCUGGCCCGCCCACCGGCCUUGAGUGGAGCAAGGUCACCUUUCUAAAGCCACCUGGGCCGGGCAACCACCAUGUCUCCCCGGGAGCCCAAGGGCAGUUGCCGCCUCACCUGCCG